CAAAAAUACAUCAUCAAUUGACGCGCCAAAGGCGAGGUUCGAAGGGUCAUCACUGUAAUAAACCCUUGCCCCCAUUUUUGCCUUUCCCUCAAUUUCUACCCUAAACUGAUGGAAUCACGGAGCAGAGAAGCGAGAAUUAACCAUGCCCAAGUUGUUAAUGGAGUCUAAUUCUAUAGCCGAUAAUGUAGAAGCAGAUUCAUCUAAUGAAGAAUUAGAAGACAUGUCUAGUCCUGUUCAGAAAAAAUCAAAAGCGAUAAUUGUUGGAAGUCGAAAAAGAAAAUUAACGUCCAAAGCUUGGAAAAUGUUUGACCUUGUUGAAGAGCCAGGUGGGAAACAAUAUUCAAUAUGUAAGAAGUGUGGAAUCAAAUAUAUUGCCGAAGGUAACCAUGGGACAAAGAACAUGUUAAGACACAUGAAAAUUUGUAAGAAAGCUACUAGAGAAGAUAUUGAGGGUCUAUCUAACUCAAAAGAUUCUAUAACGAGUUCCUCAAGAUUUAAUUUUGACCCGGAUAAGUUUAGGGAGAUCUUAGUCUCGGCCAUCAUUAUGCACGAUUUGCCAUUUCAAUUUGUUGAGUAUGAAGGUAUUCGAGCUAUCUUCUCUUUUCUUUGUGAGGAUAUAAAACACAUAUCAAGAAAUACAGUUAAAGCCGAUGUUCUUAAAAUCUAUGGAAGAGAGAAAAAUAGGCUAAAAGAAGCUUUUGAAUCGAUUCCUGGUAGAAUUAACUUGACUUCUGAUUUGUGGACAUCAAUAGCCACCGACGGAUAUAUUUGUCUCACGGCACAUUACAUUGAUCAAGUAUAUAAAAGGCUCUCAAAUUAG